CCUAUUGUAAUGAGAGGCGUCGCCCGCCACGUGUGUUCCGAGUUGGCGACUUAGUGUUUGCAAUCAAGUACUCCCAGUCGACUGGAAAACUUGACCAUGGCAUGAGAGGGCCAUAUAAGAUUGUGAAGGCUCUACCAAGCGGGCGCUAUGAAAUGAAAUUGCUGACCGGAUCGUACGGCAAAACGACACAAGCAGCUGCAGAGUAUUUAGUGCUCUGGAAAGGAGAAUGGUGCCCCGAGUCAUGCGCCAGCUUCUUUGAAAAUACUGAAGAAGUGAAUGAUCCUAGUCCAGGUCCCUCCUCUGCAUCGGGACCUGCUACAUCACAACGAGCAGGGGAUGAUGACAUGAUGGCAUCGGGGGCCUCCACAGCGCCGUCGGGCGCAGCAGGUCUAUCCAUGCCGGAUUUGAAUGACUGGACUGAAGUGCAAGGAGACCAUGCAAAGAAAGGUGUUGUCGGGGACGACGCACGAUCAGGAGAGGCCGUGUUGUAGAAGUACCGCCAUUUUGCUUACCCCUCUAUAUAAACCGCCCGCGCGGUAUGCUCGGGCUCACUUGUUUGGCGGCGCUCGAGGUGUUCGGAUCGUGUUCGACGUGAUUUGUAAGGCCUC